GCCGUCCCGCCCCAGCUUCCCGCCCUGCGGAGGCGGCGGCCGCGCAGCUCUCGGGGCGGCGUCGCUGCCAGGGGCGGUGGGAGCUGCCUGCGCUCUCCGGGAAGAUGGCAGCGGAAAGCCUGAUGGUGCUGUACGGGGACGACUCGGUGGAGGUGCACUACGCCGGCGGGUCCCGCUUGCUGCUGUCUCCAUGCGGCUGCGAGUACCUGUACGAAGCGGCGCUCCCCGCCGCUGCCCACCCCCUCCGACCGGCCGAGACCACCCGCCAGCGGGUCGCCUUCGCCGUCAGUGCCUACAGGGAACAACUUCUGCGAGCUCUGGAUUUCCGGAACAAGUUUUCUUCUCGCCCAUACUUACCUUCACAUGUUAUACCUCCAGAAAGAAAAAAGAUUAUUUUCAGUGAUAUCUUAGAAAUUAGAUGGCCUGACCCUGCUUCGGUUGAUCUGACAAGUUGUAUAGAGAAUGGCAGUGUGAAGAUCUCAUCAACAGAUGGUUAUGCUCACCUUUACCUGUCAAAGUUGCAGCAAGAAUUUACAGUGGAGUUCUUAUGCAAAGUCAGCCAGUCUUCCUCUCAAAAGAACAGCAACUAUCAAACCAGAUAUCAAUAUGGAAAAUCAAGUAAAAAUUCUGUUGCAGAGAUGUCAUUGAAACAAACAAGAAUAGAGAAUAAGACGAAUGAACAGGGUUGUCCUGAAGAUAAGUACAGAGAACCAACCAAACCAAAGGAGUACGAAGACGGAGAUGGAGUCCCUUUGUUCUACACAAAUUGUUCUUCUGAGUACACGUGGGUUACACAGUGUUGGUCUGUUUCUUUCUAUCCAGAAGAAUGGAAAUACCCAUUGUCAUUGGCACUAAUGUGCUAUAACUUACAAACUGUUGAGAAUGUAAUGAAGACACGUGAGGAAAACAGCCAUACAUCUGUGGAAGGUGAUGUUUUAAUUUAUCCCAAAACACAUGAAACAGUUUCUCAUUUACCUACAGCUUUGCCACUCAGCUGCAGAGCCCCACAUUUACACAGGUGGAUGUUCUGUGGCUUCUUUCAGAAUCAAGAUGCUGAACAAUAUUCAUGUUCUCAGCUAAUUCAAAUUGUGUGGUGCCAGGGUGUUUUUUAUAGAUUUAUCCAUGGUAGGACAAACAUCAUAGAAAUUUAUCCUGGUGAUGACUCAUUUUUCAAGUCAGAGGGAGCAUUUUUGGGAAACUAUUUCAUACAUUAUGCCAUCCAAAAAAGAACAAAAAAGAGAGAAGAAAAGAUGUAUUCGGUAAACAGCCUACCUCCUGAUGUACCAGGAAGUCCGUACUCUGUAUCCUCCAUUAUUACUCAGGCAACCAGAAUACUUCAGUAUUGCUACAAGACUAAACUAUCAUUAACUCAUAACUAUUAUCUCUGCUGCCGCAAAAUGGUACCUGAGACAGAUGGACGAGAAAUGUUGCCCAUUUUGCUGUAUGAAAAUGUUAUUCCCAGCAUAGGAAGACUUGUUGUGUACUCAGAUCAUAAAGUCUAUGCUGCUUUUUGGGAUGGGAUGACCUUGAAUAUGGUCUGGGAUUUCAGCUCUUCCUGUAAUAAGAUCCAGGUAAAUGAAGAUGUAGGCUGGUGUAAGUUAACUACUCCUGAUGGGGUACAGCAGCUAAUACAAAUAAGUCAUCCUGGAAUCUAUGAAAGGUAUAUCAAAACAGCAAUAGAAUGGUGCAGAAGUUUGAAUGAAAUGAAGGAGAUUCCUGAAUAUACUGCAAACUCUGUAACAGAAGAAUAUUGGUCUGCUGAAGCUGAGCUCGAAAAAAUACAGAGAUUUAACUUUUUAUUGGAUCAUAGCAAUGUUCUGGAAAGGACAUCUGCUGCGAAAACCAAUCCAUCUGGUAUUACUGUAAGAAGAACGGAAAAUGGAAGCAAGCUGGAAGAGAUUGGUGAAGGGUGCGUCUUAGAGGCUUUGGAAAGAACUUCCAAAGUAAUUCAGGAUAUUGAAUCUUUGCUUGCAGCCUCUGGGAAGUGAAGCGUCGGAGAACAUGGAGACCUGCAUUAUGUAUCUUCAUAGGAGCUGCACCAGCCAUGCCUGCGGAGGCACUGAGGUGCCAGAGCAACCCCGCGAUGGAGGCUGAAGGCAGAGUCCACCGGUUGCCCUUGUCACGCUGUGGUUGUAUUUUAGGGAUAGCCAAAAAGAACAGGUGAAAUAAUGGAGCACAGCUGUAUAAGUACGUCAGGGCUGACAUGACAGUGCUGCUUUUAAAUGUAUGAACGUCUGCUUGAAUCGUUUAAUCAUAUAGAGGAUUGUGCGAGAAACUUGCUCAAGGGGCUGGGGUAGGGAUGAGCAGUUUCAACUGUGAAAAUGUGCUCUUGUUCAGAAGCUUAUACCAAAUAGUCCGAUAAUUGAAUAAAAAGUUUUUUCAAAUGCU